AAGCUGAGCCUACUUUAACCAAUGGUACAUCAUUGCAUCCACGUUCAUGGAACUAUGAAGACGUGGCAUACAUCAUCAUUCAACCAAACUUACCAAAAAAGAUGAAUUAUUUCAUUGCUUCAUUAGAAGUCUCGUUCUUCCUAUUUUGCUAUGUAUUUGGGCUAAAGUUGGGUAAAUUCAAUGUUCUUUGUCACCCUAAUUGAGCUUAUCGGUUAUCUUCUUUAUUACUACAAUGACACAUCAAAGGAAAAACUUUUGAAAGCUAACCCACAAAGUAGCUUUUUUGUUCACUCGAGUACUCAUUUCGUUUCUCUUAUCCAAUCUCAUCUUUGUUAAUCUUGAUAAGGUUUUUGCGCCUCCUCUUUCACAAUUCCAACUUUUACCGAGAAUUGUAUCGAAGAUUGAAGCAAUGAAGGAUGUGAAGGAGAGAAUGGUGAAGAAACUUAAGCUUAUAAAAUCUCUUGGGAACUUGAAGCAGGCGAUAGCUCUCCACAAAAGCAAUCUUGAUCGCACAAUCUUUCAUCAAAUAGAUGAGAAAGAGUGUCUUACGCCAACAACACUUGAGUCUUCUGAAGAACAACAACUUCAACAGAAUCUUGAAGAGCCUUUGUCGGAGUUUAAAGAGAAAUGUGUAGCUGGAGGGGAAGAUUCUGUUGUCUUCUACACGACAAGUCUGCGAGCAGUGAGAAAGACUUUCGAAGAUUGCAGAAAAGUGAGAUUCUUACUAGAGAAUCAUAAGGUUUCAUUCCGAGAAAGAGAUGUUUCGAUGGUGUUUAAAGAAGAGAUGUGGAAAUUGAUUGGGGAGAAAGUUACACCUCCUAGGCUCUUCGUAAAGUGUAAGUACAUUGGUGGAGCAGACGAAGUGGUGGCUCUGAACGAAACCGGGAAGCUCAAGAUGCUUUUAGCAUCAGCUAAGGCGCGGCAGUGUGAAUGUUGCGAGGACGAACGGUUUUUGAUAUGCUGGAAUUGCACUGGGAGGUCGAGAGUGGUAGCAGAGGAUGAAAUGUGGAAGAGAUGCAUAGAGUGUAAUGAGAAUGGUCUUGUGAAAUGCGCUCUUUGUACUUAAUGUAAAUGCUUAAUAAACUAAUUUUUAUAGUGUUA